UUAUAUAUUAUAAGUAUUAAGUAUAUAAGGUCUGGUGAGAUCGGGUCCAAGCAGAAGUCUUCUUCUCCGAGAACUGACAACAUCUAGAUUAUAGGAAUAGUGUUGGAUCAUGAAGAUUUUAGUGCUUGCGGCCGUUUUAGUGGCCGUUGCACUAUGCCGUCCCAGUAGUGAUCAGGAUACCGAAGAGCAAUCCCAAUGGCCCUGGAAGGUCGGCACAUUAUACCGUUACGAUGCAGAAACACAUACCUUAGCCUAUCACCAGGAGGGAGCCAGUACAGGGAACACCUACAGAACACGAGUUGUCGUACGCGUUAAAGCCCCUGGCCAUCUGGAAGUAAGAUUGGAAAAUCCAGAAAAUGCUCAAAUUCACCAGGAGUUAAAACGCCACGAACCCAUGCCUAAAGACCUGCAGUACAAAGAAGGCCCUAAACUUGACAAGCCUUUCGAGAUUUUCUUAGUCGGCGGUAGAGUAAAGUCUCUACGCUUGCCUGCGUCUCUGUCUCUGGCUCAGGAGAACUUAAUCAAGGGUCUCGUUGGUGCUCUCCAAGUAGAUCUAUCUACUUACCGCAAUGUUCACAGUUCACACGAUACGUUCGACAAGAGCACUAAACAAGGCUUGUUCAGAAAGAUGGAAACUGACGUCACUGGUGAUUGUGAAACGCUGUACUCUGUGUCCCCUGUUACGGGCGAGUGGAGGCGAGAGCUCCCAGAAUUCGCUACAGAGGAGGAACCGAUCGAAAUCACGAAGAGCAAAAACUAUGGUCACUGCCAUCACAGAGUCGAUUACCACUUCGGUGUUCCCGAAGGUGCUGAAUGGACCGGUACUGCGCAUAGUUCCAAAAAGGAACAGUUUAUAAACAGAGCUACCGUCUCUAGAAUUCUUGUCGGCAAAGAUGGACCCAUUUACAAAGCUGAGACGACAAGCACUGUUAACGUUAACCCUCAUUUGUAUGGCAAGCAACGAGCUGAAGUGCACAGCAAGGUCAGCGUUCGAUUAGUCUCUUACGAACAGGACUCUGAGCCUGAAUGGCCGAAACUAGUAGAAGCUCGCGAAAUCCUUAAUCUGUUAUACACUUUGACACCAAAACAGGUUAACAUCGACGACAGUUCAGCCUCAUCUGAAUCGUUUGAGAAAGAUAUUCAUAUCGAAAAUUAUCAGCGAGCCCGCCGUUCAGCUAAACCGAAAUCGGUAGUGACUAUUGAUAAAGUAAUCAUGAAGAACCGUGUAAGCAAUGAAGACAGUUCAUCGAGCUCUAGUGAAUCUGCCUCUGCUUAUGUAAACGACGACAUUCCUCACGACAAUGAACCAGCCUACGCCGCUUUGUACAUGAACCCCCAGCCCCAUGGCGAUAAGAAACAGAACCCCAUGAACGCACAGAAACUCGUCCAGGAAAUGGCCCAUCAAUUACAAAACCCGAACAAUAUGCCCAAAGCAGAUUUUCUAACUAAAUUCAACAUCCUUCUUCGCGUUAUUUCUUCUAUGAGCUACGGCCAACUGAGUCAAACCAGUCGGAGCAUAGAAAUAGCAAAGUCAAGCAACGACAUUGUGAAGACUGAUAUGUGGAUGAUCUACAGAGACGCUGUGGCUCAAGUGGGUACGAUGCCAGCAUUCCAACAGAUCAGAACAUGGAUCGAGAAGAAGACAUUGGAAGGGGAAGAGGCUGCUGAAGUUGUUGCAGUACUAUCAAGGUCUCUACGUUAUCCUACCACAGGUGUUAUGAGGCAAUUCUUCGAACUGGCGAUGAGCCCUGUGGUCAAAGAACAGUUAUACCUCAACAGCUCUGCAUUGAUUGCCGCUACCAAGUUCAUCAAUAUGGGUCAAGUAAACAAUGAAACCGCGCACCGGUUCUAUCCUACACAUAUGUAUGGCCGGCUUUCAAAAAAACAUGAUCGCUUUGUCGUAGAUGAGAUUCUCCCUCGUCUUAGUCAGGAACUGAGUCAAGCUAUCGAAAAAGAAGAUAGCCACAAAGCGCAAGUAUACGUAAGAGCUAUUGGCAACCUCGGUCACCGUGCUAUCUUAGAUGUUUUCGCUCCAUAUCUUGAAGGCAAAAUCGCAGCAUCUACUUACCUCAGAACAAGAAUGGUAGAAAACCUCCGCGUGCUCGCUUACCAAGGAGACCACCAUGUGCGUGCUGUAUUAUUCAGCAUUCUUAAGAACACAGCUGAACCUUAUGAAGUCAGGGUAGCUGCUAUUCACAACAUUUUCAUGGGUCGCCCCACAACCGCUAUGAUGCAGGCAAUGGCUCAAAUGACUAAAGAAGAUCCCAGUAUCCACGUCCGAGCUGUCCUUAAAUCAGUGAUUUUAUCAGUUGCUGAACUCAAAAAUCCACGUUACUUCCAUCUUUCGCAGACCGCUGCAGCCGUUAGAGACAUGGUAACGGAAGAACACUUUGGUAUGCAAUACUCCAGUAAGAAGGCCACUGAAUUCUUGGAGCGUGAUGAUGAAUGGGGCAUUACCAAUUUUAUAUCCAGCAUUGGCAGCAAGGACACCUUAUAUCCUAAGUCUUGGAAAUAUACUUGGAAAAACAGAAUUGGAGGUUGGGAUGAUGAGACUUCGUUCUCGUGGGCAGUUUCAAGUGGACGCAAAGUUGUCGACUACUUCCUGAAUUCAAUAUUUGCUGAAAGUAACCAAGCUAGGAGUGCUGAAUUUAACCACAAGUACUCUGCCAACAAGAUCUCUGAGAUGCUCAACAUCAAUCUUGACGACAAGGAUUCGUUGGAAGCUUCCCUCUACUUCGAUUUUAUGAAUGAACAACGAUUGUUUGCCUUUGGUGAAAAUGACAUCAAGGGUUUGGCUAUUAGGUGGGCUCAGUACUUGCAAAAGCUUACUACUGGUAUCGAUGUGCACUACACAAAGAUCAUUAGUAGAAACAAAGUAUCAGUUAUGUUCCCUCUUGCUUCGGGUAUGCCUUUCAUAUAUAGAUACAACGAGCCAACCCUUAUCCACGUUCAAGGCAAAGUUAAAGGCAAAGUUGACUUCUCAGACAGAGAGGAUUACAAGAUGGCAAUUACACUGGACAAGGAUAUUCGUGUUACUUAUGCUGAAAAUCAUGACGGUAAAGCUGGUUUCCUGGAUCCACUCGGAAACCAAUAUGCGGUCGCAGGUCUUGUUAGCAAGUUCCAAGUGAACAUUCCUCUGAGAAUAAGGCUAGAAAUGAAGCAGGGUGAUAUUAAAGCCAACAUACGGCCAGUUGAACCUGAACAGGAUACUACAUUAGUGCACUACAGUGCUUGGCCAUAUACUGCUAGUCAGAAGAAGGAUUCAUUAGUGCCAUUUUCGCUGGAUCCUACCACGAAACUUAUUUCAAGGCCCGACAAAGUAGUUUCGAUUGACUACAGAUUUGGACAGCAAAUUGGCUCACCAUUCCAACUUCAGGGAUAUUCCUAUUCCGAAGAUUAUAGAAAUAUUUUCAACAUCGUACGACCCAACGACUUUACGUCUAGUAUAAUUACCGUUCUGAAACAAAGAGACGUUGCACAAACUCACUUCAACUUAAGAUAUCUUGGAAAACAGGCUAAGAGCAAAGGUGUUUGGAUAACGGGUGUUUAUGAUACUCAUUAUAACCUAAAGAAUGAAGGUCAAAUGCCAGAAACGGCUGCUGAAAUGAGCGACGUUUCACCUAACAGCCCAUCACGAAGAGAAGAAUUGAUCAAACGCGUUACUUCGGGAAUAAAUGGAGCGAGAGCCACAGUCUGGGACUUUAGCGCCAAAUUCGAUCUACCCCAGAAACUAGAAUACGUUUUCACAGCUGCCUAUGGCGAAAGUCAUGUAGACCCUAAGGUCCAGUUCGCAGUAUUCGCAGGCAAGAAUUCCGAUCAACCAAAUCAGUUCAACGCAGUGGGCACACUUAAGAAACCAGCUUCAAUAUCGCUGAUGAAUUUCCAAGAGGCUCUUCAGAAAGAACUGAAAAUGGAAUUCCAAGCUGAUAUUCGUUACAACAAAAAGGAAAAUAUUCACGUCCAAGGCUCCACGGAGCGUACCAAGAAAUAUGUAGAGGAGCUUCAGAAGCAACCUUGGGCUAAAGAGUGCUUCGAGGAAAUCGCUAGUGGCAACUUUUACCAGCGGGCUUGUCAUCAAGCAAUUGUAAUGGCGCAUGCCCCAGACAACUUUAAAUUCGGCGUUUUCUUCAAGGAUGUUAGCCCCUUGAUCAACAAUGGAGUCUACCAAGCGUUCAAAAUUGCUGAGGUUCUUGGUCUGUGGCAGUUAGAAGAGGCCCCUCAAAAACUGCCCCGCGACGGCAAACUCGACAUUAAUGUCAACCUUUCAUACUUGACGAAAACGAUGAGCCUUGAAUUGUUCCAUUCGUUCUAUGGACGUAUGCGUGUGAAGAACGUACCCAUUCCUGAAGUUGCGCCCGUUGCUUUGGCUACAUACUGGCCUAUCAGACCUCAUGAACGCGUGUUCAAUUACUACAAAACACACCAGUACCUGCCUAUGUGCAGCGUUGACGACUCCAAAGUGAGGACCUUCAGCGACCGGGACUUCGACUACAAACUGUCUCGCUCGUGGCAUGUCGUUGUGCUCGAUGACAGGCCUGGAAGCAAUGAAGACUUAGUUGUCCUGGCGAGAAGACCCAGCGAGAAGAGACAGGACAUUUACAUCUCCUACAGCUCUCACACCGGCAAACAUGUGGAGAUUGAAUUGCAACCAGCAGAAGGCCAGCACGAAUACAAUGUGAAAGUGAACACCAACGCCAAGAAGGUAGCCGAAGGAGCUCUCACAACUUAUUGGGAUGAGGUUGACAAAAUUCCCAUCCUUGAAUACUACAAGGAAGGUGACGUGCUCAUUCUGGAAAUCCGUGAAGAACGCCUUCGUCUUAUGUACGACGGAUACAGAUUCUCCCUCCUGUCUGAUGAAAGACGUAACAAGAACAGAGGAAUCUGUGGCUACAUGAGCGGGGAACCUCGUGAUGACUAUCGCACUCCUAACGGUGUGAUCGACAAGCCUGAAUACUUCGGUGUUUCUUAUGCUCUCAUCGAUGGCGAAUCUGACCCCAAAGAUAAGGAACUGCAAGUGCAAGCAAAGAAAGUAGCUUACCAACCCAAAGACAAGUUUACAGCUAUCCUUAAGUCGGACGAGGAAUGGGCUACCCAAAUGCGUUUAGCCAACGAAGAGGAAUGGGGAGCUGAAAUCAUUUACAAAUCUAGGAACUACCUGAAGUCGAAGGAACGUUGUGACUUGAAGCCUCAAGUUCAGUAUUACGAGAACCAUGGGGAGAUUUGCAUAACAACAAACCCUUUGCCCGCUUGUCAGAGCCACUGCAGCGGUGAGGAGUUCAGGAUCCAAGCUACACACGUGGUUUGCAAGUCCAAGCUUGACGAGCAAUUCCGUUCAUGGAAAGAUCUUAUCCGACAGGGCCAGAGCCCUAGAGUAACUGGAGUAGCAAAGAUUGCCCAAUACAGAGUGCCUAGCUCAUGCAAAGCGUAAAAUUUUCUCAUUUUUGUAGAUUAAUUUAAGUUUAAAGUCUUAAGUCUAACGAACUGGCUCGUUACACGGUUAUGAAUAGAUAUAUUUUUUUUAAAUGGUAUAGUACAAUAUAACAAUUCG